CAAACUUUUGAGCCAGCAUGUUCUUGAUAACACCACUCUUGGUCAUGUUCAGUGAGUAGAAGUCUCCUGUUUUAUAUCUUAGGGCCUGUUGUUGAGGAUAAUACGAUGAGAUAUAAUGUCCUGAUGGAUGUACAGUAUUUAAAUGAACCUAUGAGUCUUUACAUUGAUAGAACACAACAAUGGAUUUAGGGUUUGGUCCAUUGAUUUAAUGAAAUAUUGCUAUUAUAUUCCAUUUUACUUGUUCCAUAAAAAAUCGGACGUGUAGUGGAUCACUUCCACAUGUCAAGCUAGUUCAUUAUAUUUUAUUUAUUUAAGUUUUUGAACGGUUCAAGUAUGUGCAUGGACAAGCCUCAACAAGUUUUGGUGCAAAUUUAUUUAAGAAAAAACUGGCUACGACUUGUGGACCUGUGAGGUUAGGACCAAGCUGGACCCAGUCGUCACAAAUAAGUUGUGCAGUCAGUUGCAAAGAGAGGUAAUUUUUUUUGCCAUAACCAUUAUACAUCCAUCCCUGUGGCGCUACAGCCCAUGUAGGGCUUUGGCCCGCCUCACCACUUCCUUCCACUCAGACCUGACUGAUGCCUUUCUUUUCCAUGCCUGGACUUUCAGCUGCUGUAGAUCUUUUUCCACAUCAUCUAUCCACCUAAGCCUAGGUCUGCCUUUGAGCCUUUUCCUCUGGGGUAUUGGUGAUGCCCACUCUUCGUUCUUCUGUCAUUUGGCAUUCUCUCUAGGUGUCCUGCCCAGCGUAGCCUGCCUUUUUUAUUUCUGCUACUAUCGUGGGAUCCUGAUAUAGACUGUAUAAUUCAUGGCUGGUUCGUAUUAUCCAUCCAUAUUCAUCCUUUGUUGCCCAUAUAUUUUCCUGAGAACUUUCCUCUCCCAUGAGUUUAAUAAGUUUUCUGCUCUUUUUGUUAGGGUCCACGUUUCACUUGCAUAUGUUACAACUGGUCUGAUCACAGUUUUAUAAAUAGUUUUCUUUGUUUCUCUUGUAAUUUUUUUACUUUUGAGUAUUUUCUGACUAAUGAAGUUUGCCCUGUUUCCCACUGCAAAGAGAGGUAAUUUUUUUGCCAAAACCAUUAUAAAACUUGACUAAUACUAACACCCACGAUGACAUUCAUGAACAAAUACGUGAACAAAUACGUUGUCUUUUGAGGAUUUUUUAAAGAUUUUAAGGUUACCAUUUAUUCACCCGCAACACCAUCGCUCCAACACCAUCCCCCGACACCAUUACUCAAAAUCAUCGUCUCUAACACAUCAUCCCAACACCAUCGCCCCAACACAUCAUCCCAACACCAUCGCCCCAACACCUCGCCCUAACACAAUCGCCGUAAAACAAUCGCCCUAAUACCAUCGCACCAACACCAUCACCCUAACACCAUCACCCUAACACCAUCGCCCUAACACCAUCGCCCUAACACCAUCACCAUAUUUCCAUCACCCUAACACCAUCGCCCUAACACCAUCACCCUAACACCAUCACCAUAACACCAUCACCCUAACACCAUCGCCCUAACACCAUCGCCCUAACACCAUCGCCCUAACAUCAUCGAACUAAUACCAUCGCCCUAACACCAUCGCCCUAACACCUUCACCCUAACACCAUCGCACUAACACCAUCGCCCUAACACCAUCGCACUAACACCAUCGCACUAACACCAUCACCCUAACACCAUCGCACUAACACCAUCGCCCUAACACCAUCGCACUAACACCAUCGCCUUAACACCAUCGCCUUAACACCAUAGAUUGUUUCAUUUCUCUUUUAAUAUGGUUGGCUCUGUACCGCGCUUCGAGCUUUUGGGAAUGAAGCGUGAUUUUUUUUUAAAAUAAACUUUAUUAUUAUUAUUACAAUAUUCAAUUUUACAUUUCAGUUCUUCAGAGCAUUGUUUCAACAGGGUCUAUAUGAUUGUCAAUGAUAUGAGAACCACUGAUCCUAGUAUGAACGUUGUUUGGGUCCAUCAUUUGUGCCAUGAGUGUUCUUGUCGUGUCUGAAUGAUCAUUGGAUAACAGGAAUAGAAUAAUAAAUAAGUUUGUGGAUAUAAGGCUUGAGAUAGUGAGAUUGGAAUAGACUUGAGAAGUUUCUGAGUGAUAGCUUCUGUGUUCUGGGAUAGACUGUGUUGUAAUUUAUUUAUUUAUUUAUUUAGACAUUUUUAUAUAGCGCUUACCUUAAAGCUCUAAGCGCUUUACAAUUAUUAAAAACAUGUAAACUAAGUAAAAUAAAAAAUGAGACACUAGGAUAGUAACUACUAUACUAUAGAAACAAUUAAAAUGGCUAUAAAACGAGGACACUUUGGCACGUUUUGGUCUAUACUACAGUUAUAAGGAGAUACUGUAACCAGGGGAAUCUUUGUGACAGAUACACGUAAUAAAGAAGAACCCAAGUGAUUUAUAAAGUGUUUGUGUUCCAAUGUUCGGUAUGCCUGGGUAUUCUUUGAUAGACAGUGUUGUAGAGUGCCUGGGUCUUCGUUGAUUAGAGUAUUGUAGUGUGCAUGUGUAUUUUUUGAUAGACAGUGUUGUAGAGUACCUGGGUAUCUGUUGAUAGACAGUGUUGUAGAGUACAUUGAUAUUCUUUGAAAGACAGUCUUCUAGAGUACCUGGGGGGUAUUCGGUGAUAGACAGCGUUGUAGAAAACCUGGGUAUUCGUUAAUAGACAGUGUUGUAGAGUACUUGGGUAUUCGAUGAUAGACAGCGUUGUAGGAAACCUGAGUAUUCAAUGGUAGACAGUGUUCUAGAGUACAUUGGUAUUCGUUGAUAGACAGUGUUAGAGAGUACCUGGGGUUAUUCGUUGAUAGACAGCGUUGUAGAGUACCUGGGUAUUCGCUGAUUGACAGUUUUGUAGAAUAACUAAGUAUUCAUUGAUAGACAGUAGUAUAGAGUACCUGGGUAUUCUUUGACAGACAGUGUUGUAGAGUACCACUGACAAACGUUGCCAGAAAAUAUUCGAAGUUGCUCGACUAAAUUAAUGCAGUAUUUAGACGAAUCAAAUACUAGGGUCAAUGUGAAGAGAUAGAACCGCGUUUUUUACCAUGGCCGCUAUCUUGGUGGCCUUGACCCGUUAACUUUGACGGUUUGACGCUUUCAAGGGUCGUGGCAAUCAAGAUGAUUGCCGUAUAGAAAUAAAAUAACUCACGUUUGCUAAAAUCAAUAAUAAAAUGUUAAAAAAUAAUGAAAAAAUUUCCAUAACAGCAACUUAACAAUACACGCAAAUAACGUCACUGUGCUAUCUCUUCGCGUUACCCAUCUCUAACUUGCCAAACAAUGGAGACAGCAAUGGGUUAACUUCCCCUUUACUAACGUUACUUGAGAAAACAUGAACUCAAGUGACGCACGUUAAAGAAUCCCAAUAUUUGCUACAACCCUUCGCUCGAUGAUACGUCACGAACUAUUUUAGGCAUUUUAUAUGUGUUGAAAAGUUUUGAAAAAAAAAAAAAAAUAAUGAUCAAAGAAAACUCAAGUGACGCACGUUAAAGAAUCCCAAUAUUUGCUACAACCCUUCGCUCGAUGAUACGUCACGAACUAUUUUAGGCAUUUUAUAUGUGUUGAAAAGUUUUGAAAAAAAAAAAAAAAAUCAUGAUCAAAGAAUUACACCGCAAUCACAUUUAUCGCGAAAACCCAAGCAUCAGUCGUUUUAGUGCGUCUUUUAUUGCGUUGUUAAUAUUGCGAAAUAAAAAUUUAAAUUAUUUUUUUCAAAAUAAUCACGCAAUUGACGUCAUAGUAUGAAUAGGCUAUUUCUCCGAAACUCUUGGGUUUCUUUCAAUUUAAUAACCAUACGUGACACAACUGAUAAUGUAUUUUCCCUUUUUAAAAGUAAAAUUAAUAAAUACAAUUGAUUACUUUUUAAAUUGUUAUAAAACACACACACACACACACAUUUCAGCCAGAGGCGUAGCGAGAGUAUUUGGCGCCCGGAAACAAGAUUUGCGCCCGGGAACAAGAUUUGCGCCCAGGGACAAGAUUCAUUUUAAAGCGCCCCCUUUUAUUGUUCAACUCUCCAACCCAUUAUUUUCAUCGAUAAAAUAAUAUCAAAGCACAUUUUGGCGCCCCUAACUAGCUGGCGCCCAGAGACAUAUGUCCCCCCUGCACCCCCCCCCCUCAUUCACCUCUGAUUUCAGCUGUGUAUAUGUUAACACGAUAAAAUAAUAUCAAAGCACAUUUUGGCGCCCCUAACUAGCUGGCGCCCAGAGACAUAUGUCCCCCCUGCACCCCCCCCCCCUCAUUCACCUCUGAUUUCAGCUGUGUAUAUGUUAACAUUUAAAAAGGUUUGUAUUUUUUUCUCCAAAAAUAUACCUUUAUUAAAAUUAUAACCUAAUAAAAAUUAACCUUUAAAUCUAAUUCUAAUAGGAAAAUGCGGUUUAAAUCUAACAGUGUAGCGUAACUCCAUAGCCAAAUAGCAUUAACUAUUCCACUUAUAAUUAAAACAAAAAAGUACAAACCAUACGAAGUGCAAAUUAUUUUAGUUUUGGUAUGGAAGGGACUGCAAUCCCGUGGAAGAUUGUUCUAAAUUUAUUUAAAUCUGGGUGGGGGAGAGUUGGUUACUUUGCCCCAGGCAGCACAAGAUACGUCUCAAAAUAAAGGAAUGAAUUUUAUAAAUAAUUAACCUUCUUGGGUACGUACAUUUCGUAGGUAGGAAAUAGGAUGUGUACUUUUUUACGUGGAUGACAAUAUAUUUAAAUCCUAUGGUAUUACAUUUGAGAAAAAAAAAGAAAUUACAUUCUUUUUUUUUAAAUAUGUGUAUUUUCGUUUUGCUCAAGGCAGCACAAGAUACGUCUUGAAAUAAAGGAAUGAUUAUGAUACAAAAUUAAUUUUUUGGAGUAAAUACAUGUCGGUGGUAAGAAUUAACAUGUGUACAUUUUUACGUGAAUGACAACAUAGUUAACUCCUAUGGUAUUAAAUAUGUCAAAAAAGGGAUGCUACAUUCUCUUUUUACAAAUAUUCAUAUUAUGUUUACCAAUUAAGAAAAUCAAUGGCGUUAACAAAUCUUGAGUAAAUUUAUAUAAGUAUAUCCAUGAAUAUCAAAUUCCAAUCAUUUUACACACUUGAAAAAUUAAUUUUGAAAAAUAGAGAUGGUUAAUAUUUACUUUCAAAAAAAUAAAAUAUAUUUUUGUUUUUACUUUGCAAAAAGUAAAUAGAUGUGUAUUUAAUGAGAUUAACCAUUUCAUUUUUUUUUAAUUAAACAACCCUCAAGUCUGCUAUAGACGUGAAAAAGUGUUACGCGAUUCUUCUUUAGAUAAAAGAAUUCUUUGUUUAACGAUUUUCUUAUAAUAUAUAAUUUUUAUUUUUUUAAAAAUGUGUUUACAUUUUUGCUGAAGAUAUCUUUGUAUCAUAUAUAGAGUUUUUUGGUGUAAAUUUAAGGUAAGUUUUUAAAACAAUUUUAGAGAAAAAAAGUUGUAAUUCAAGGGAACGAAAAGGGGGUAAAUCUGAAGUAUUUCUCUAACAUAGUAAUUUUUUCCUCAAUUUAUUCUUUAGUGACAAAAGUGAUAUAAUUAGUGAUCAUUUAGACCAGGGGUCUCCAAACUUUUCAGCCCGAUGGCCCUAGGCCGGGGUACCGCGCUAUAUAAGACCACUUAUUAUUAUUAUUAUUAUUAUUAACUAUCAAACAGCAGUUCGGGGGCCGACUACGCACUCUCGGUCCAUAUAAAAAAAAAUGGCUGUUUUUGUUAAUUAUUUAUUUCAUUUUAUUUUCUUCAGUUAUUAUUUAAUAACACAUUGAUACACGACACAUGAACGCCUGUAUUAGUGAGAAUGUUGAAAUUGUUUCCUGGAUGUCAAAAUAGCAGUGAUUAGCAGACAUUUCUGGAUUUAGAUUUGAUGUCCCAAACAUCCAGUGGCGUAGCGAGGCAAGUGCGGGGGGGGGGGGGGGGGCAGCCCGCCCGGGGGGACCCCGUUUGGGGGGGGGGGGGGGGGGGGUGCAGACCGCACCGGGUGACACCGUUUUAGGGGUGACACCCGAUUGAAAAAUUGCAUAUUUACCUAGCACACAGUUCUCGGUCUAACCGAGAUUCAUGAAAGGAUAACCGAUCACACAUGCAUUGUUCACAAAUGUAACCAAUCCAAAUGCGUGCUUUAUUAAAAGUUCAAGGUUGAUGCGUCAGAAAUGUGAUGACCCUAUGUUUAGCUCAGAAAAACACAGUCAUGAUUCCAUGCCGUUUAAAGUGUUCGGUAACUUCCUUAAGUGACAUGAGGCUAUAUUUAUCUAAACUCUGAGAAAUAUGGCUUUCCAUUGAUACCAAAUAAGUGUGGUCGGGCGGUUGUAAGUAUAAAAAUCGGUAACAAUUAAAAACAUUGAAAAUGAAUUUUACCCAUUUAUAGGUUUAAAAAUAUAUUAUUUUACACACUUUUCAAUCUUUUAAUGAUUAAUUCUUUUUUAUUUAAAUAAAGAAAAGUUUUUUGAAGAAUUAUAUAAUAUUAUUUAUCGAAACCCAAAAGGUAUCUUACCUUUCACCUGAAACCCAAAAUGAAUAUAUACGUGUCCUUGCAAAUCAUGUGAAGGAGUUUCUUAUCAUAGAUAUAAAGCCCUGCGAGGUAUUUUGGAAUUAUUUUUGAAAGUACACCUGAUAUAUCACACAGUGACCAGAUGUUUGUAGGGAUCAGAUAUGUGAUAAUCCAAAAUGGGAAAGUCGAAGUGAGAUGAGUGUUUAUUGCAUUUUCCCGUUAAGAUGAAAAAAGCUGAUGACCUCAGUUCUGACAUUCUUACAAACUAAAGCAUGAUGGACUAAACAUAAUGAUGUUCAGAGCUCAGGGUUACGAUAAUGCUGCCCUAAUGUAUGGAAUCCAUGGAGAUGUUCAAGCCAUUCGGAAAAGAAAUAAUAAGAAAGAAAUUUCUAAUGAAUGUGUGGGCCAUUCACUUGUGUGGUCAACACUCUUUUGCAGAAAAUGCUUCAUGUAUUACAUUAUUCGGUACUCUUGAAAAAAUACAUUCCUUCUUCGCUGCAUCCACUCAUCGAGGGAAUGUUCUAAUUGAACACUUUGAAAUGUCGGUGAAAAGACAGUCAACAACGUGUUGGAGUGCUCAUCAUGCUGCUAUUAAAACUGUGAAAGAUGAGUUUGAUGAAUGUUGGGAGGCGAUUAAAGCUCUAGGUCAUCACCUUGUAAAAAAUGUGUAUACAAGUGGUUAAGGUCCUUUACAUGUUGUCUGUGAUUUCACGUUUAUCUGCUACCUUUAACUUUGGGCUGAUCUACUUUAGGAAGUUAAUCUUACACAGCAGUAUCUGCAGACCAAAGGCUUUACUCUUGGCAAAUGUUGACAAACCUAAAGGCCUUAAGAUUGUUUCUGCACGAGAAGCGUCGUUACUUGGUGGAGCAUGCUAUCGAAAAGGCACUUUCAGACCAAUAUGGAAUUUCGGUAGAGAGAAGAUUAGGGUUUAAGAAGAGAAUGGCAGGAGAACUAUUAAUUAAUAGAUGCCGGACUCUUUCUGGGAGAAGAAAACAGUAGGGGGUUGCUUGAGUGUAUAGAUCGCUUUCAUUCUGAACUCCACAUCAGAUCAUCAGUGAUCAAGGAAGUGCCACAUAUGUUUGGGUCUGUUCAACCCAAGCGUCUAAUAUCAGCAAGUGAAGAAGAUUUAUUGGUGUCUGUUCCAAAAUUAACUUCUUUCAAUGAGGAGUGGUCAGAGGAUGGACGUUCAAAAGAAAUCUUAGAAGACAUCUAAGAGCAGCUGAUUUCUCAAAGUCAUGGACUGGUCAGUAUUUGAUGUUUUGAAAUUCAAAGUUGAAUGGGACUUUCUAGAAUCUCUUCCAAUACUCUCGCUAAGCCUUUAAUUUUUUCUUACGAUAUGUGUGUAUGUGGCUUCAUGUGAGCGGAGUUUUUCAAAACUAAGGCUUAUCAAGAAAUAUUUAUGAUCCACCAUGUGACAGUCAAGAUUUUCUGACGCGGCUCUGCUAUCAAUUGAAAUUGAUACAGUGAACAACAUUGAUUUUGAUCAAGUGAUUGACAGAUUUGCAUCUUUGAAGACAAGGAAAGGAACAUUUUAAAUAAAGUAAAGUUAAUGUAAAUACAACUUUAACUAAACAUUUUUAAAUAUAUUAACCCCAUGACCUUCGAUUUGUUUGUUCUUGUUAUUGUUACAUUGUGGACUUAUUUUACCAAGAAGAAAACCAUCAUGUAAAUUGGGGGGGGGGGGGGGGGGUGACACCACGAGUUUACCGCACCGGGUGACACCAACCCUAGCUAUGCCACUGCCAACAUCAACAGUGACCUGAGAUUGUCAUCGGACAAAUGUGUUCUCAAAUUGUUCUUCACGUACUUUGUUCUUGAAAAUGUUUGUUCACACAGGCAUGUUGUUCCAUAGUUUGAAAGGUACAUUGAUUUAAAUGUUUUGAAAUUAGGAAGGUCUUCCUUGGUCGAAAACUAGUUAAAAACCAACUGGUCCUCCUCUUAACUUGUCCCUAAGGAGUUAAUUUGCUUGCAACUGAAUGACCUCCAGGUGCAGUUCAUCUGGGCGACUGGCCACAUCUGCUUCAAAUGAGUUUUGAAAAAGUCUCACUUUUACUGCCUCUAAAUUUAAGUCAGAAUUCUGCAGACACUGUAGCUGGGGAAAGGUUGGUCUUUGAUGAUCUCGUAUUCAAAUGACGUGGGGAACUCCGCUGUUGCUUCAGUCAUGAAUACCGUCCAGGCUGAAAGUGGGUCAAGUUGUUGGCCUGUACUUUUUCCAAAUAACAAGACGAAUUUGAAUCUGAAGGCCUUUAGGUGGGUGUAUAGAUCACACACUAGAUUAUCCUCUCCUUGUAGUUUUAGGUUCAGAAAAUUUAAAUGACUAGUUAUGUCUACAGCAAAGACCAAUUUCAAUACCCACUCUUCAUCAGACAGUAAUGGCUGUGGCUUGCCUUUACUUUCUAGGAAGUCACCUAUUUCCUUUCUUAACUUAAAUACUCUGCUCAGAACUUUCUCACAAAUUAGCCAUCUUAUGGCUGUGUAAUAUGGUAAAUAUUGCGAUAUUGUGUCUGUAUCUUUCAACAGGUCUCUUAACUGUCUAUGGUUGAGCCCAUGUGAUAUUAUUAAAUUAACCCUCUUUACCACAAGAUUCAGUACACUGCUAAUGUCCACAUAUUUUUCACACAAAACUUUCUGCUGAAUAAUGCAUUGCAGGAACCUUGGUUGCAGAAUUUUUUUCUCAUUACACAUCUGCUUCACUUGUCCAACCAAGCCUUUCUUUUUGCCACUCAUGUUCUUUCCUCCAUCAACAGUCAGGCAACUGAGGUUAGUCCAGUCCAAGUCAUAAUCAGCAAAUGUUUUUUUCAACUCAUUGAAUAUAUCCUCUCCGGUAAGAGUGUCGUACAUGUUAUGCAGGGAAGCCAACUCUUGUGUUAUGUUCAUGUCUUCAUCCACACCUCUAACGAACACAAGCAGUUGAGAGGUGGAACAGCUAUCCAGCGACUCAUCCAUUGCAAAUAAAGAUUGGCGAAACUUGCUUGCAUUUUUCUCUAUUUGAGUCACCAUGUUUUCACCCAUUUCUGCAACACGGCGGGCAAAGCUCUGCCACUAGAUGGCGUUAUAUCAUCUCAUUGACUGUGAACGGAAGUAGAAAAACAAAUCAGGGAAUAAGGUUUUGCCAAGUCAUGAUCGGUUUGAAAACAUAACGCACUACUGCGCGCCUCUAUGUUAGUUCGGUAAAAACAUAACGCCCACGUUAGCAUGCGGCCUGCGUAGUUUGGAGACCCCUGAUUUAGACGGUGUAAUUUAAUGUCAAGUUUAGAGGGGAGGGGGGGGUAGCAGCUUAGGGGCGUGAAAUGGUAGGCCUAUAAUAUAUAGCAGAUGAAUAUAUCUCAAAACUUAAUGAUGUUAGAGACGUAAAUAUCCUUACAUUUUUAAAGUUAUGAAUUGUGAUGAGUUUUUGCAAUAGCAUUUAGAAAUGAUCUCAAAGGAUCUACCAUUAUUGUAUGGCAUCCUUCCGUCUUAGUGAGACGAUGGAGUAGCUUAUAGUUCUACACUUUGACGAGUGGCUCACUAGGCCAAUCCUAGAAUAGCAAUCACGGCCGCAUCUCUCGCCGGAGAAUAUUGAAUCCCGGGACAUUCUUGAUUUCCGAAUUGUUCUUUUUUAUUCAAGGGCCUCGUUUCGAGCAUUUUCUGCCUUUAUUACUCCUUCAAACACCGCUGUUCGCCAGUUGCAGCGAUGUUCGGCAAUGAACUCCCAUUCGUUUGUUUCAAUAUUGGCUUCCUUCAUGCUUCGUUUGCAAACGUCAAUAAAUCUCAGGCGUGGUCGUCCAAUAUGUCUUGUCCCCUCUGCCAACUCUCCAUACAGCAAAAUCUUUGGGAUACGUCCUUCCUCCAUUCUCCGUACAUGACCUAACCAGCGAAGGCGUCUCUUGAUUAGAAAGGAGAAUAUGCUAUACAUGUGUGCACGUUCCAAAACCUCCACGUUAAACACCCUGUCCUGCCAACGAAUGCGCAAAAUGCGACGUAGACAUCUUUGAUGGAAGCUGUUGAGUUUCCGCUCCUGGCUGGUAUAUGUGGUCCACCUUUCGCUACCAUAUAGGAGCGUACAAAGCACACAUGCCUGAUAGACACUUAUUUUUGUUUUAUCAGUUAGAUUCAGAUUAUUUCACACCCGCUUAUUCAGUUUAGCCAUAGUUGCUGCUGCUUUUGCAAUCCUGAUAUUUAUCUCUUCAUCAACGGAGAGCGAACUCGAAAUAUUGGAUCCCAGGUAUGUGAAAUGAUCAACAACCGAAAGAUUAUGACCCUCAAUAGAUAUGAUUGGACGGGAUGGUGCUUCUUACAUCAUUACAUGAGUUUUCUGUAGACUAAUCGAAAGUCCAAACUCUUUACAAGCAUGUGAUAGACGAUUAACCAGCCACUGCAGACCUUCUUCUGUGUGAGAUGUUAAGGCGGCAUCGUCAGCGAACAGCAGUUCACGAAUCAGCACCUUUUUUACUUUGGUCUUUGCACGAAAGCGAGCAAUCUUCCAUCAGAUCUUGUAUGGACGUACACUCCAUUUUCCCAGUCACUGAAAACAAAUUGAAGGAGCAUCGAAAAGAAAAUUGAAAAGAGUGUUGGUGCCAGUACACAACCCUGUUUUACUCCGCUGCUAACUGGAAAUGACGCAGAGACCAUGCCAUUGAAAGUUACUGUGCUGUGCAUGUUUUUGUGAAAUGACUGAAUUAUUGUGAGCAGUCGUGGGGACAACCUAUUCUUUGCAGGAUACUGAAAAGGCCUCUUCGACUUACCAAGUCAAAUGCCUUGUCAUGUCUAUGAAGGCAAUAUAAAGAGGCAUAUGUUGUUCGCGACAUUUCUCCUGCAUUUGGCGUAGCGAAAAUAUGUCUAUUGUUGAGCGCCCACUCAUGAAGCCACACUGGUACUCUGGGUAGAUGCGGUUCGCAAGGCUCUGCAAUCGUUUAAGGGCAACAUGGGCAAAAGUAUUUUCAACUAAGCUAAGGAGAGAAAUACCUCGGGAGCUAUUGCAGUCACUUCGGUCCCCUUUUUUUAAUACAAUGUUAAAAUGUUGGCGUCUCUCAUGUCCUGGGGAAUGUGACCUGUUUCCCAACACAGACAAAGGAGCUCAUGUAAGGGCUGAUAGGAUAGGUUUUUCAUUUUUGAGGACUUCCGCUGGGAUGCCGUCGAUCACUGGAGCCUUCCAAACCGCAAGGUAAUCGAUGGCUUUUUCGAGCUCCUGUAAAGUUGGCUCUUAAUCCAGUUCAUUCAUUACUGACAAGGCGGGAAUAUUAUGGAGAGCGGUCUCAGUGACUACAUUCAUUGUAAAAUAUUGCUCAAGAUAAUGUUCUACCAUUAUUAUCACUAUAACAUCGGGUCAUUUAUAUAAUAUGUAAUAUAAUUCAUUUUAUUAAAUAUUUUACAAACCAAAGAUUCAUAUUAAAUAAAGAACUACGUGACUAGCUACGCCACCACUGCUGCUCGUGCUAAAACCACAUUAACAACGCCAUGUCAUAUGCCCAAAUAUACGUCACAAAAUACAAAGCAUAUUGCAAAUGCUACGAAAAUAAUCUCAGAACCUAAUUCGCUGCAUAGGAAAUAGCCAGCUUGUUAAGAGAAUGGAAGCCGUCUACCAGAAGCGUAAUAAAUAUAAGAGAUAUAUUUAAUUGCUUUUUUUAUCCGAGAUCAAAUACUUGAGAUUAACACCAACUUUACAUUCCUGGUUGUUGUUUUUUCGUAUAAAUCACAUCUCAACAUGUAUACAAAAGACCAGAGACAUGUCAUGGUUUUAUUUACAAUAAUUCACAUCUCCACAGCUACCCAAAUACCUGCCAUAGUUGUAAGUAACAUCUCCACAGGUAGCCACAGACAUGUGCUAGCUUUAGGUCCCAUCUUAAGUAGGCAAAGGCAUGCCAUAGUAUCAUGUCACAUCUUCACAUGUUCUCAAAGUCAUGUAAUAAUUUUAUGUCACAUCUUCAUAUUUUCCAUUUCCACUAAGUGAUGUCAUAGUUUUAUGUCACAACACCACGGGUAGCCAAAGUUAUGUCACAGUUUUACGUCACAGCUCCACGGGUAGCCAAAGUUAUGUCAUAGUUUUACGUCACAGCUCCACGGGUAGCCAAAGUUAUGUCACAGUUUUACGUCACAGCUCCACGGGUAGCCAAAGUUAUGUCACAGUUUUACGUCACAGCUCCACGGGUAGCCAAAGUUAUGUCAUAGUUUUACGUCACAGCUCCACGGGUAGCCAAAGUUAUGUCAUAGUUUUACUUCACAUCUCCAAAACUACCCAAAGACAUGCCAUAUCUUCAUGUACAAUAAAAUCAUAUCUCCACAGGUACCUAAAGACAUGUCUUAGUUAUAUGUCAUUUCACCACAUGUACCCAAAACAUGUCAUAGAUUUAUGUCACAUCUCCACAGGUACCCAAAGACAUGUCAUAGUUUCAUAUACAAUAAAAUCACACACCUAUGUACACCAGGAUCUGGUGUGAGUACGAACCAGCUGCCACCUAGUGCUAAAGAGGGAGACCUCUACGUGACAGACAGCUGUGACAGUUACCCACAAUUCAGGUAAGAUUAUAAUCAAGAUACUAUAAAAGCAUUCCAGCUGAUGACAUUGUAUAAUUUAAUAAUAAAUUUAUUGAAGAAUAUUGUUGCCCUUAUAAUUUACAAAAAGACACAGAAUUGUCUGAGUAAAUUAUAACAUUUUAUUUCUUUAGGUUAAUUUUAUUGUAACAUAUUAUUUCUUUAGGCUGAUUAUAUUGUAACAUCUUAUUGUUUAGGCUUAUUAUAUUAUAGCAUAUUAUUUGUUUAGGUUGAUUAUAAUGUAACAUCUUAUUUUGUUAGGCUUAUUAUAUUGUAACAUCUUAUUUGUUUAGGCUGAUUAUAAUGUGACAUCUUAUUUGUUGAGGUGAUAAAAAGGAAACAUCUUAUUUGUUUAGGCUAUUUAAAAUGUAACAUUGUAUUUGAUUAGGCUGAUUAUAUUGUAACAUCUUAUUUGUUUAGGCUGAUUAAAAUGUAACAUCGUAUUUCUUUGAGUAAGGAUUCAUUUAGAAAUAUGUAAUGAAACAUUGUUUCACAAUAAACAAACAUAUUUAACUUUAUUUUUUUGUUAAAUAAUAAACAAUUUCAGAAUGAUCAAUAAAUUGAUCGUGGGCCCUUAAGAUAUAGAAGAAGAAGAAGAUAAUAAGAUAUAAAUCAAAAGUAUGUUUUGAGUGACAUUGCUAGGAACAAAAGUGAAUAUUGUCUAGAGCAGUGGUUCUAAACCUUCCUAAUGCCGCGACGCUUAAAUACAGUUCCUCAUGUUGUUUUGUGACCCCAACCAUAACAUUAUUUUCGCUGCUAAUUCAUAAAUAUGUUUUCCGGUGGUCUUAGGCGACAACAGUGUAAGGGUCGUUUGACCCCCCAAAGGGGUCGCCAACAUCCGGCUGAGAACCACAGAUCUAUAGUGUUUUGUUUUUUUUAAUCUAAGAUUUGUGUGAUCAAUUUUGUAUGUAAAGGACUCAUUCUAAAUCCUUUCGUGAUCCUUUACGGCGUGUGAGAUAUCGUAGCCAGAAUUCAUACGUCAAGAAAUAUUGACAUAUUUUAUUUCAGCAUACUCUCCUACAAAUCCUCAUCCACUUUUGCUGUCCACAUCCCAGUUCCGGUCAGCUAUACACAAGCAACGGUCACUUGCCAGUGUCUUGACUCACAUCUUUACGUGGCCAAAACCUUGGAAAAAUUCGCCCUCUUUUCUAACCUGAUCAACCCUAAUUGCACGUGGCUUGGCCUGGAUGACAUUCAAGUGGAAGGUCAAUUUCUGUGGUCAGAUGACCAUCAGCAGAUUAACCCAAUGUUGAUGCGAGCUUUGUUCCCCCUGAAUCGUCCAGACAACGCCUUGGGGUACCAGAACUGUGUCAUGGGAUGUGGACAAGGCUUGGACGACGAUUUCUGUACACAAAAAAAUCCAUUCAUCUGUGAGAAAUCAAACUCUCUCUGCCGAGGUUAAAUAAAUUCUAUAAGCCG